CACAUGUUCCAAAUUACUGAGAUUACCUGCACAAGGAAAGUGAUCAAAGGGAGUUCUGAGUUUGUUCUUGGGCCUCACCUAUGCUCAAAUCAUAUUUUAACUCGUGAAAAGGGGAGUUCGGUGCUCGGAGCUCGCUCUCUUGUAUCAGCAUUAUUGUGUAGAGUAAUUUUAGUAUUAUCACAUGCUUUCACACCUUUCAACCCAAGAAUGGUGAAGGUAUUGCAGCCCCGAAAUUUUUUAACGGUCCAGCAACCGCUACUCAGGCAUCUCUGCAUUCGUACCUAAAUUUAUCAGAAUCAAAGGAUUAGUAUCAAUGGCGAAAAGAAGGGCUAAAAAGACGGUUAAGGAAGCCGCAGCCUCAUCGCCGGCCCUCAAUGAAAAUUGUGGCCACGUGAAGGCUACCCAAAUUGAGGACAAAGAAGCUGCAAUUUUGGUCCAAGACGUUGAGAGAAGAAUUGGUGCUGUUAGGGCCAUGCGUGAUGUGGAGAUUGAGCAUUCGCUAACAGCCUUGCAUUUGCUCCGUUCCUACUUUAGUGAGGAGCAGCUUCAAUUACCUGUGCUUCAGUUUUUUAAAGAGAACCUACUGAAUCUGUCCAUUGUGAAAAAUGAAGAAAAUGGACAGUGUGAGGUGAAAUGGAAUGAUAGAGAUGGAAAUUUAAAUAUGAACCAUGGUGAUGAGAGAGACAUAAAUGCUUCCCUUCUCCAUCGCUUAUCCAUGGUUCAUCCUAACUGCUCCAAUAUCUCAUUGUUUGGUGGCAUUGAUUUGCCAAGUGAAGCGAAAACAAGCCUCUUUGGUGCUGAUAAUCUGAAGUUCAGGGACUUUCUUAUGGAGGAUCCAUCUGACUAUCAGAUGCCUGGGAUGCAUAGUGGUCUCAAAACUCCUGGGGUGAGCAGCCAGAGGUUGUCUAUUGGCAUGACACCCAAAACUCUACGAGUUCCUAAACCUGGUGAGAUGCUUCUUUCUGUCCAUGGCUCUCCCCUCGGUGUCUACAAAGACGAUAACAUGGAAGCCAUACAUGAGUCAGAAGAGGGUUGAUUUCCUUCAAAACUUUCAAUUAGCCGUUAUUCAAGGAUAUACAACAUUUGUGAUGCGAAGAUGGUUUCCUAGUACUUCUUCUAGCCUUGUAUGAACAGCCCUGUACUAUAUGUUUUGAUUUUUCCCUGUAAUGCGUGACAUUGUGAUUUAGAUCCAAUAUGCAGUUAUGUCCCUUGAUCGGGUUUGGUAAUGACAGAAGAUAUUCGGGCGAUAUUACAUUUCUAAUACGCUUUCAUGAGCUCAUAGGUUAGUAUUUAAAACUUCUGCAACAGGAGGAAACAUUUUGAAUUCAUUGAAUGUUUGCAAUUGCGGCUGACUAAAUUUCCGCUGUAUUUUUGUAGUUAUGUUGGAUUCAGGAUUUAGCAAUAACAGAGAAAAUUUUCUGUUGCACUUAGUAAAGUACACUAUAUUCCAUCAGCCGCUAACCCGAGGGUCAACUAUCCCAGUGGUCGAGUUGGGUUUGUUGGUCGGAGAUGAAAUCUUCUAGCUGAAUUUUUUUAGCCUAAUCUCAUAUUUGUUUUUCCUAAUAUCAUUUUUUUUUUUUUAAAAAAGUAAUGUUAAUUGGUGAGUUUACAUAAUCAUAAAAAUAAUGUUAAUUACUGGGUUUCUUAACUCAAAUUGAACGUGAAAAAGACAUAGAAUGUUUCGGGAUUAUAUUCAACGGUCCAUAAUUUUCAUAUUUUUUUUCACAUUCAAUUUGAUUUUUUUGGGACAAAAAAAUACCAUUGGAGAUCAAUGAUUUUUUAAUAAAAAAAAUUUGUAGUGUCUUUGACAGCCACUACAGCAGGGUCUGCUGUAGGACCCCCGCUCAUCCUCCUAUGCUCCCCUAUUUAUCAGUUCUACUAGGAAAAAAAAACCAUGUCUUCCUUUCCCCUUUUGAAGCCAGAAAAGUUGCAUCCUGUUUCUCAGCCAGUGAACUCUUCUUCAGGAGAAGAAUGGAUGCCAUUUCUAUGUUGUCUAGUCCGAAAAAACAGAAGAUAGAUGAAGGGGAUAAUGUGGAUGCCAUUUGGAAAAGGUGCUUCUUCUCCAUUCUUUAGAUAUUCAAAUGUACUUCCAUCUCUCACUUGAUGAUUCUUUGCAUGGGUUAUGUGUCAAUUCUUGGAUCUUUGCUGCUGUUAGACGACUAGUUCAAGAGCUUUCUCUCUCAACCCCUUCACAAGCAAAACUUUUGUUGUCCCAUUGUCUUUGUACAUGCAAAACAUUAAGCACAUUGAAUGUGAACUUGUCAUGUGGCUUAGAGCUUCCUAGAACCAUUUGCCUUCAUACUUUACAUCUUAGUCACGUUAAGUUUGCCGAUGACGCUUCCAUCCAUAAAUUAUUUUCUGGUCUUCCAGUCCUUAAAGAGUUGCAAUUGGCUGGCUGCGGAUGAAAAGAAGAGUGCUACAAUCUCGAUCCCAACCCCUGAGAACUUAAUUUUGGAUCAGAGUGGUUCUCUCAACCUGGUGAAGUCAAGUCGAUUGGGGAUUUAUAAGUGCAUUCUCUUGUGUGCGUUUGUGAUUUAGGGUGUUCCUUUUGUAUGCUUGAUUCUCUAUUGUGAAUUUUAGAGGGGUUUGUAAUAAGGGUUUCCUUGUUAAAUCGAUGUCUCCAUUUUUGUUUACAUGUUUGAUUAUGCAUCCGCGUAUUUUAUGGAGAUUGUCAAUGGUUUAUUGUGAAUUUGUGAUUGAA